AUGUCAGCACCCAAGAAUCCUCCCUUCAGAGCAGAGCACCUGGGCUCUCUCAAGCGUCCAGACAAUCUUUUGGCCGCUCGCAAAGACGUCCACGAACACAAGGCAGGCCAGGACUCUUUGCCUGCAAUUGAAGAUCAAGCCAUCAAGGACGUCGUCAAGAUCCAGGAACAAUGCGGUUUCCACGCAGUCAGCGAUGGCGAGUAUCGGCGCCACAUGUUCUGGGGCACUUUCUUUCCCUCUCUGAAGGGAUUUACUGAGAUUCAAGGACCUGAUGCUGAUAUCUUCCGUGCUUAUGUCCCUGAUAUUGCUGCAUUCUUGGAAGCUGACCAUGUGCCUGGAGAAACGGUGAUUUGCACGGGCAAGAUCGAACAUACUGGAAAAAGCAGCUAUAUCGAGCAGUUUGAGUAUAUGAAGAGUAUUGUUCCCAAGGAGCAGUGGGGUAAUAUCAAGCUCACGCUCGCCGCACCAAACUGGUACCACUUGAGAUACAAGACUGGCAAGGCUUAUCCAAAGGAUGUCUACGCCAACGACCAAGAAUACUUUGCCGACAUUGCAAAGGCAUACAAGACCGAGCUCCAAAUCCUCUACGACGCAGGAUUGAGAAACGCUCAAGUCGAUGACCCCAACCUCGCAUACUUUUGCUCGGAGAAAAUGCUCGACGGCUGGGCAGCAGACACCUCCAACACCCAGACCGCCGACGAGCUCUUUGAUGCCUACAUUUCCUUCUACAACUCCUGUUUUGAGCGUCCUUCCGACAUGCAUCUAGGCAUCCAUCUCUGCCGCGGAAACUUCGUAAACUCACGCCACUUUAGCGAAGGAGGCUACGACCGCAUCGCCACCAAACUAUUCCAAAACCUCAAUGUCAGUACUUACUACCUCGAAUACGAUACCCCACGUGCUGGUGGCUUUGAGCCCCUGAAGCACCUUCCCAAAGACAAGUUCGUCGUUUUGGGAGUGGUAACGAGCAAAUUCCCCAAGCUCGAGGAUAAGAAGGAGAUGGUGGAGAGAGUAUUGCAAGCCGCAGAGUUUGUGGCACAGGGAAGUGGGGAGAGCAGAGAACAAGCAUUGCAGAGGAUUGGUGUUAGUCCUCAAUGUGGGUUUGCUAGUCAUAGUGAGGGCAAUCUGUUGACUUAUGAUGAUAUGGUGGAGAAGUUGAAGUUGGUUAGGAGCAUUGCUGAUGAGAUUUGGCCGGGCGAGCCUUGA